AUGUUGUCAUUCCGGUUUUGGGAGGCGGGCGCGACAACGAGGACUCCUGUCAGCUCCUCGAAAAUCUCUCGUUUGACGCUUUAUCGGGGUCCCGGAGCGGCCAGCCGCUACCCUAAGACAGCCGCCUCCCGCAUCGAGGUCGGCCAAGUGAUCCACAUCCCGGGUGGAGAAGGAAAUAAAGUACCUACCAAACACCAAACUACAACGAUGAUCUACGGAUCGUCCAACCGCGAGCUGAUCGGAGAUACUAAGGUCGAAAUCCAUGACCAACCGAUCGUACCUGAAGAUCUGAUCGAGAAACUCGCCGCCAACAGCGAUGAAGAGACCCUCGAUGACGCCUUCAUCCUCGCCAACCUCGACGCGCUCAUUGACCGGUUCAAGCUGUGGAAGCGAGAGCUGCCGCAUGUUGAGCCCUUCUAUGCGGUCAAGUGCAACACCGACGUCGUGAUGAUGAGAGUGCUCGCCGCCCUGGGCGUCAACUUCGACUGCGCCAGCAAGCAGGAGAUCGACAUUGUGAUGAGCCUCGGCGUAGACCCAAGCCGUAUCAUCUACGCCAACCCAUGCAAGACCCGCGCUUUCAUCAAGCACGCCGAGAAACGUGGCGUCCAGAUGAUGACGUUCGACAACGCUGAGGAGCUCGAGAAGAUCCAGGAGCACCACAACUCGGCUAGGCUUGUCCUCCGCAUCGCCGUCUCCGAUCCGACAGCGACUUGCCCACUCAACCUGAAGUUCGGCGCCGAUCCGAUGGUUGCUGCUCCGCAACUGCUCAGCCGCGCCAAAGAGCUGGGCCUGAAUGUAGAGGGUAUUAGCUUCCACGUCGGCUCGGGGUGCAACGACUGCACGGCGUAUGAAAUCGCCAUCGGGCACGCACGGCGGCUUUUCGACAUUGGGGAGGCGAUGGGGCAUCAGAUGGAUUUCCUGGACCUGGGUGGAGGAUUUCCGGGAGGAGAGCAUCAUAUUGGGUUUGAGAAGAUCGCUGGUGUGAUCUCCUCAGCUUUAUGCCGCUACUUCCCCGACCCAUCGGUGCGUGUCGUUGCUGAACCUGGACGAUUCUUCGCUGCCAAGCCCUACACCCUAUGCGCCAAUGUCAUCCAUGCCACUGAGGUGCCGGCUGAACGCAUCACCCAUGAAGACAAAGACAUUGGCUCCAAGGGCAUGAUGUACUACAUUAAUGACGGCGUCUACGGGUCGUUCAACUGCAUCCUGUUCGACCACGUCCAUCCCGUUGGUCAUCCACUACGCGUGAAGCCCGACCGUGAGCCGAGGGUCAGCACCAUCUGGGGCCCAACCUGUGAUAGCCUCGAUAUGAUUGAGGACAAGAAAAUGAUGACCCCUGUUGGAGUCGGUGACUGGCUGGUCUACCCGGAAAUGGGUGCCUACACCUCGGCCGCUUCAACCACCUUCAACGGCUUCCAGCGUCCUACCAUGAUUUAUGCCAUCUCCCGCACUAACUGGGAAACCAUCGCUGACCUUCUC